AUGGCGCUAGACCGUGUUGUGGUCCCUCCCCUCUCCAAACCCCGCCUCCAAAUCUCCAGGCACUCCCAACCUGACGUUGGCAACCCUGCCUCGAGACCACCUCCCCUCCAACCCUGGCCUGGCCCCUGCAGACGCAUCGCGCUGGCAGGCUGUCCUCAGGAGACCCCGGUCUCCCGCCGAGGGCUCCCGCGUAGGCUCGAGGGCGCGGCGCCUUUAAGAGCGGCGCGGCGCGCCGUCUCUCUUCCCGCGGGGGCGGAGCUUGAGCGGCUCCCGCGAAAAAUCGGAUCCCUCCUGCGCCGGAUGGAACGCCGCCGGGCCGCGGCCGCCUUUGAAGUCCCCCGGGCCGAAGCGGCGCCUCGUGGGCGCUCCGGGGCCGCCAUGGCGCAGCUGCGGGUGACCGACUUCUUCGGCCACAGCAAGAAGGGGCUGCCGGGCGCCAAGCGCAGGAAAGUCCAGGGCGCCCCGGCGGAGGCCCAGGAGGCCGCCAGGCCCAGCCCCGAGCCCGAGGCGCCGCUGCCGGCCUGGCUGGCUUCUCCGCGCACGCCCACCGGGCCCGGCUGCACGCAGGGCCCGGCCACCCCCGGCAGCAGGAAGAGGCGCCGGUCGGCUUCGGGGCUGGAGGCGGAGCGGGCGCCUUCGGCUCUUCGCCCGGCGCGGCGUGGGCAGAAGGGGGCGGCCAGGAAGAAGCUGGAGAUGCCCCCGGAGGCGGUCCCUGGGCCCUCUUCCCCCGCCCCCUCCCGCCUGGACAAGAAGGCCAAGAAUCUGGUGAACGUGAUCCUCUCCCCAGGCCAGCAGCAGGAAACGGGGGCACAGCUUGGCCCUGCCAUGCCGGAAGAGAAGGAUUUGGCCAGAGAGAAGCUGGCACAGCUGAGAUGCCGGCUGGAGAAGAUCCAGACGCUGACCCGGAAAGGCCAACUGCCGGCCAGCACUGCGGAAGCCAAAGGAGACCUAAAGAACAGGUUGCAACAGGCCCGGCUGUUGGAAUCCAAGGUGUGUGCCAGGAAAACAGCCAAGGAGGAAGAGGAAAAACACUCUCGACUCCAGCUGGCUGUGCAGGAUCCAGUGCCAGCAGCAGAGGACAGUGAGAAAAUGCCCGCCUACCAGCGAUUCCACGCCCUUGCGCGGGAUGUCCCCCCCGGGCUCACGCUGCCCUACAAGUACAGGGUGCUGGCCGAGAUGUUCCGCAGCAUGGACACCAUUGUCGGGAUGCUUUUCAACCGCUUGGAGACCGUGACCUUCGCCAAAGUCAAGCAGGGCGUCCAGGACAUGAUGCGCAAGCAGUUCGAGGAACAGAACGUGGGGCAGAUCAAGGCAGUGUACCCAGCUGCCUACACUUUGCGCCAAGAGAAGAACAUCCCCACCUUCAGCAGCGGAGGCCUAAAGCGGUGCGACUACCAGCUUACCAUUGAACCUGUGGUGGGAGAAGGCGAGAAGUUGUCGGCAUCAUGUCAGCUGCAACGCCAGAAAGUGUUCAACCGGAACCUGGUUCAUGUUGUCAAGGAGCAUCACAAGGCUUUCCUGGCGUCUCUCAACCCUCCAGUGGUGGUCCCGGAUGACCAGCUGGCCAGGUGGCACCCUCGCUUCAAGGUCGAUGAAGUGCCCGACAUUGUGCCAGCUGAGCUGCCGCAGCCCCCACAGGUGGAUAAGCUCACCACAGCCCAAGAAGUGUUGGCGAAGGCGCGCACCAUGCUGACCCCAAAGAUGGAGAAAGCAUUGGCCAAUCUGGCCCUGAGGACAGCCGAAGCCAGCCCCUCUGUGCCUGAGACGCCGAGGCCUGCCCCGCCUUCUCCAGCCGCCACCCCUAGCAGCCUAAAAGGAGUGUCUCAGUCCCUGUUGGAGCGGGUCAGAGCCAAGGAAGCUCAGAAGCUGCAGGCCUUGAUGACGAGAGACCCUCUGCAGGAGCAGCGGCUGAACAGGCUGGCGCGGCUGCCCGAGAUGGCACGGGUGCUGCGCAACAUCUUUGUUGCUGAGAAGAAGCAGGCAUUGACGAUGGAGGUGGUGUGCCAGCUGAUGACUGAGAGCUACCGAGGCCUGCUGGUGCCUGGAGAGAUGGAAAAGCACCUUCGCCUCUUCUCAGAGCUGCUGCCGGACUGGGUGAACGUCCUGCCCAUUCGGAACGAGACCUACAUCAAGCUGGACAAAAGUCUGGACCUCAACAUUGUCAUGGAGCGCCUGGUCGCCCGGACCAAGGAAGAAGAGAAGAUCCGAGUCUGCACUGCUGGCCAGGGGAGCUUGUGAGAGGACCCAGGCAGCCUUACCGAGAAUUCUGCUUCGGCAGAGACUUUUCCAGAGAUUUUGCAGGGGGCUUUGGCUUUCUCGGUCCAAUCCACCUACAAUACAAGUGUUGCUUGAAUUCGUAGAGCUUAAUCCUCCCCCCCCCCCCAAAUCUGGUUCCAGCUUCUGUGUUUCAAAUUCCAGGGAAGGCACUCCUUGAACUUGCCAUAUUCCUCAGCUACAGAAAGGAAGGGAUCACAGUCACUUUCAAGUGCCAAACUUCACUCUCUCGCAAGUUUUUCCUUGUUCGGGUUGAACGGCAAACUUGGAGCAGGACCGCAGAACCCUCCUUUUCAUGACGCAAGAGUUUCCAUUGACCGCGUCUUUGGAGACAAGUAGGACUGCUCUUUCUGGUAGCAGAGCUGGAAGCCAGUCUCUCUGUUUUUAAAAUGUUCACUAGUUAAAAAGAGUGAAAAGAUACUUUUCUCCUCCACCUGGUUCUGCAUUUUUGGACUUUAUUAAACUUGAAUUGAGUGGCAA